AUGCUCUCAACACUCCGGGCUUCAGCAUAUCGAGGGCCGAGAUAUAACCCUGUGGGGCGUUCCACUACACCUAGAUGGAUCGUGCCACGGCUUUUACACCAGAUCCAGAGCCAGAGUCUUCUACACACAGAGAGUUUCCUACAAGGCAAUACAGCAGACUACCUAGACCAGAUCCACGAUGCAUGGAAACAGGACCCAUUGUCCGUGGAUGCCUCAUGGAAUCUGUACUUUGAGGCUAUUGAGAAUGGCCAUGAGCCGGAUCUCUCCUUCAAUUAUAAUCCCGAACCGGCGAGCAAGUCAAAGGGAUCGCCACUACUCCCAGGCUUAGACGGCUCUAUACGAACGGCGUCUCGAGCACUUCAGGCACCAGCAAACAAGCAAGCGAAGAUAGAGCGCCUGGUUCGUGCAUACAGAGACUUUGGACACCUCAAGGCAAGAACAAACCCGCUGGACACACCUGGAAGAAGCGAAGUAGUCGUACCUGAGCUCGACCCCAGCCUAUACGGACUCACACCAGCAGACAUGGACCAGAAGUUCAAGUUCAAUCUAGACGAACCGCUCCGCCACCUCGCAGCGCCGAAUAAAACAUCCGUAUCCCUUAAUGAGAUAAUCCAAGCAUGCGAGCACAUCUACUGCAACACCAUCGCAACAGAAUCCACACACCUCGCAACACGCGAAGAACGAAACUGGAUCCGAGCCCGAAUCGAAACACCCAAGCCUUACCCUUUGUCCAGACUAGAAAAGAAAACCAUCUUGCACAGUUUGAUCCGCGCGACGCUUUUUGAGAAAUUCCUCUCCGUCAAAUUCCCACACGCGAAACGCUUCGGGCUUGAAGGCGCCGAGACCCAGCUCCCAGCUGUCGAAACAAUCAUCGACGCGAGUGCUAAUGAGCAUGGGGUGCGCGAUGUGAUCUUUGCUUGCUGUCACCGCGGAAAGCUGAAUAUCUUGAGUCAUGUCGGGCAGAAGCCGGCAGAGUUGAUCUUUAGUGAGUUUGCGGGGGCGCCGUCGCGGCAUGGUAUACCAGGGGAUGUGAAGUAUCAUCUUGGGAUGAGCUGUGAGAGGACGACGACGACGGGGGAGAAAGUUGGGAUUGUUAUCCUGCCGAAUCCGUCGCAUCUGGAGGCGCAGAAUCCGGUUGCGCAGGGGAUGGCGAGGGCUAUGCAGUUAGGGGAUAAGGAAGGGAAGAAGACGAUGGUGUUGAAUAGUCACACUGAUGCGUCGUUCUCGGGACAGGGGGUUGUCUAUGAGACGCUGGGGUUAUCAGGCCUGGAGGCGUAUGGGACUGGGGGCACUGUGCAUCUGAUUGUCAAUAACCAGGUUGGGUUUACGACAGACCCCCAGGCCUCGCGGUCGUCGUGCUACGUUUCUGAUGUGGCGAAGAGCAUCCAGGCACCGGUGUUCCAUGUCAACGCAGACGAUGUGGAGAUUGUUGUGUUUGUGUGCAGGCUGGCAGCAGAGUAUAGGGCUGAAUUCGGGAAAGAUUGCUUUGUCGACCUUGUUUGUUAUCGGAAGAACGGACACAACGAGAUGGACCAGCCGGCGUUUACACAGCCGCUGAUGUACGAGGUCAUUGCAAACAAGGUCCCACAGCUAGAACUAUACACAACCAAGCUGGUGGAUGAGGGAGUGGUCACUCGAGAGGACGUUGCAGAGAUGGAAGCUGCUGUAUGGAAGAGGCUGAGCGAAAGCCUCGAACGCAGCAAAGACCCCAAACCACUGGACCGGGAGUAUACAUAUCCAUCAUGGAACAGCCUCAAGAAACCAAGCGAAGUUGCCCAGGAGGUCUUUCCGCCAAAGCCAACAGCAAUAUCGCCAGACGUGGUCAGAACUAUAGCAAACAGGUUAGGAGUCCCUGAAGAGCCAUUCGUCGUGCACAAGAGCUUGAACCGUAUACUGCAGAAACGGCAGCAAAGUCUGGUUGAAGGCCGCGAUAUUGACUGGGCCACUGCUGAGGCAUUAGCUAUUGGGAGUCUCUGCCUCGAGGGCCACCAUGUGCGCCUGUCAGGCCAGGAUGUGGAGCGCGGCACCUUUUCCCAGCGCCAUGCAACACUGCAUGACCAGGUUACAGAGAAAACGUUUACACCAUUGAAUGCCCUGAGUCCCAGCCAGGCCGAAUUCGCCGUGGCCAACUCCUCGCUCAGCGAGUACGGGGUAAUGGGCUUCGACUACGGCUACUCGUGCAUGAACCCCAACGCACUGGUAAUGUGGGAAGCCCAGUUCGGUGACUUUGCGAACAAUGCACAGUGCAUUAUUGAUCAGUUUAUCUCUUCGGCUGAGAACAAGUGGCUGUUGAGAUCCGGCCUUGUGCUUUCCCUACCUCAUGGUCUAGAUGGACAAGGCCCCGAGCACUCGUCAGCGCGCAUGGAACGGUUCCUGCAGCUGUGCAAUGAAGACGGUCGCUUUUUUCCGUCGCCGGAGAAGCUGGAGAGGAUGCAUCAAGAUGCGAAUAUGCAGGUUGUGUAUAUGACGUCUCCGGCGAAUCUAUUCCAUGUGCUGCGACGCCAGCUGCAUCGUGAUUUCAGGAAACCUUUAAUUCUUCUUUUCUCGAAAUCCCUGCUUCGUCAUCCAUUGGUCAGGUCGAACGUGGACGACUUCACCGGCGAGUCCAGAUUCCAGCCUGUCAUCCCUGAUCCCGAAAACCCUAAGCCGAACUCUGCAGAAAUCAAAAGGGUAAUCUACUGCACCGGCCAGGUCUACUUUGCACUGUCAAAAUACCGCGAAACCCACGGUAUCACCGACACCGCAAUCACACGCGUCGAGCAGCUGCAUCCAUUCCCGUGGCAGGAAGUCCGCGCCGACCUGCAGCAGUAUCCCAAUGCGUCGGAUAUUGUCUGGUGUCAGGAGGAGUCUCUGAACGAUGGACCCUGGGCGUUUUCACGGACAAGACUGGAAACUAUCUUUGACACGACAGACCAGCACAGGGGUCGUCGUCUGCGGUUUGCAGGUCGCCCGGUUACAUCUAGCGUUGCGACGGGGUUUGCAAGUGAGCACCAGGCUCAGGAGGCUGCUUUACUCAGGGAUGCAUUUCAGGGAUCGUAG